AUGAAAACCGAAGGUUCUACGUGGGUUUUUCAGCAGAGUGAAUCUACACGGUGUUGGUGUUAUAACUCAUUGGAGAAAUCAACGGGUGGUGAAAAAGUUGAAGAAUUUGUGCGAGGAGAAAAAGUGGACAGAUGAAGGAGAUUUGAGUUUCAGCAACAAUGUUGACAAAUAUUUCGAUUUGUUGGUGCCAGCCCUGAAAACAUCUGAUAUCGAGGUUCUUUCAAUAUCCUCGACGAAAAUCCUUGGUUUCGAAAUUGCUGUGAAAGAUGUUGAUGAUGUAAAUUUCUAACAGUUUCAUUUUAAAUACCUAUCUAAACCUGUAUUUUUCCAGAUGCUCUCAACUUCAUUGAAAAUGUGAGGAUUUGGCGAUUUGACAGCAACUGCUUAUCGAUGCGUCGAAGUCUUCACAACAUCCAAUCAAUUCGAGGAAAUCCUGGAAAAAUCUGAAGAAAUCCUCAAAGUUGUUGAUAUUCGUUGCGGAAAUGCCGCGUUAAUUUGAGUGGAAAAUACGAUUUUCUAGGUAAGUUGAAUUUUUUUCGGCGAUAUCUACAUCAGAAGUUUAUGAAUCUUUUUCAGCCAAAAUGCUGAUUCAAGUUUUCCAAUUUUGUGAAAUCAAUGAUGAAUUUCAAUUGGAUGUCGAUUAUUUGGUGCAAGAAUGGGAGGUUAGAUUUUAUUGCUUUUCAAGUUUGAAAACCAGAAUAUUUUUGAAGCUGAACCAUCUUGGUUUGUUUUUUGAAAAUUAAAAUUGAGUUAUUUGGGAAUUCCGAAUCUCAGCAAAAAAAAACAAAUCAUUGAUUUGAAUCAAAUAUUUCGAAUUCAAAAGGUCUUUGAAUUACUGAAAAUUAGGCUUAAAAUCUUGGAUAUUUAUUGAAAAAUGAAAAAAAACGGUAUUAUUUCCAGGUUGGGCCACAUGGCUUCACUUUUGGCGUGCUCUAA